GAGACUCUGCAGAGGGGAAACAGUUCAGGGAACUGCAGGAAGCGGAGGUAAGGGCCCUCCUGCCCUCCGUAGGUCCCUUCGUAGGGCCCUACUGCGGAUUUCCUACAAGUUCUCAGAUGUCAGACACUCAGGGGGCUCAUGUUGCCUUCCUCCUCCUCCUCCUCCUCCUCCUCCUCGGAAACGGGAUGUGAUGUAAAUACACAGAAAGUUUUUUUCGUCCCCGUCUCUGUGGAGUGUGCAGCUCCUCUUCUUCUUCUUCUUCUUCUUCUUCUUCUUCUUGUUCCAACACUUUGUUGAAGGAAAACUCUCCGAAGAGGAUCUCAGAGGCGGACCGUGACGCGUCGGACGGAUUCGGUCACCGUUACUUUGCUCCACCAUGAUACUGUAAACUCCACCGACAGUGAACCCACCGACCUGCCGGACUGCGCUCCGACACAGACGGAUCAAACCGGAGAGAAGCUCGCUGCUGGUGUGGAUCCGGAGGGAACCCGCGGACAGAGAUGUAGCAUGUGUGUUGGUGUGAUCUGCGGACCAUCAUGCACCUCUUCCUGCUGCUGAUCCUUCAAGCCACAGCAGCCUUCGGACAGAUCGACCCUGCACACUGUCGCUAUGCCUUGGGCAUGGAGGAUGGACGGAUUAAAGAUGAUGACAUCACAGCAUCCAGCCAAUGGUACGAGACCACAGGACCACAGUACGCCAGGUUGAAUCGUGAGGAGGGGGACGGUGCCUGGUGUCCUGAGGGACAGCUGGAGCCUUCAGACAGUCAGUUCCUGCAGGUGGACCUGGGCAGGUUGACUUUCCUGACGGUGGUCGGGACUCAGGGACGAUACGCCAGGUACUCCGGGAACGAGUUCGCCCGAGCUUACCGCCUCAACUACAGCCGGGAUGGCCUGCUGUGGAAGUCCUGGAGGAACCGGCUGGGGAACACGGUGAUGGAGGGCAACAAAAACGCCUACACCUCUGUCAUCAACGACCUCCACCCUCCGAUCAUCACCCGCUACGUCCGGCUGAUCCCGGUCACCAAACUGUCCACCACCGUCUGCAUGAGAGUGGAGCUGUACGGCUGUCCGUGGGAGGACGGUCUGAUCUCCUACAACGCUCCGGAGGGUCAGCUCAUGAUGCCGCCUGGUUAUCCCAUCGCCAGCCUCAACGACUCCACGUAUGACGGAGCACACGAGAGGAGGAGGCUGUUAGGCGGGCUGGGUCAGCUGACGGACGGUGUGAUCGGCCUGGACGACUUCCUGCUGACGCGUCAGUACCACGUGUGGCCCGGCUACGACUACCUGGGCUGGAGGAACGACUCGCUGGGAACUCAGGGAUUCGUGGAGAUGGAGUUUGUGUUCGACCGGCAGAGGAACUUCACCUCCAUGAAGGUUCACAGUAACAACAUGUUCGCCCGUGGCGUGAAGAUCUUCUCCACUGUUAGCUGUUGGUUUAAGCCCCGCCUCAUUGCUGGUUGGGAGCCAGAGCCUGUGGCGUUCAAAACGGUGCUGGACGACAGGAACCCCAGCGCCCGCUACGUCACCGUGCCGCUAAACCGCCGCACAGCAAAGUCCCUGCGCUGCCGCUUUUACUUUGCUGACGUCUGGAUGAUGUUCAGCGAGAUCUCCUUUCAGUCGGAGGACACCGUACUCCCGACCCUCAUGCCCCUGGGGUCGACCUCCCCUGUAGUCAAGGAGGACAGUUCCACAACAACCACACCUGUGACAGCAGCCAAUCCAUCAGCCAGUGACCCGCCUGAUGAUGGGAACACGCCCAUUCUGAUUGGCUGCCUGGUGACCAUCAUCCUGCUGUUGGUCAUCAUCAUCUUCCUCAUCCUCUGGUGCCAGUACGUCUGCAAGGUGCUGGAGAAGGCUCCACGUCGGAUCCUUGACGAGGAGGUGACGGUUCGGCUGUCGUCCUGCAGCGACACCAUCAUCCUCCAGACCCCCCCUGUGCCCCCCCGCUCUGGCCACGCCUCCACAGGCCCCGCUAACACUGACCCUCACUAUGAGAGAGUUUUCCUGCUGGACCCGCAGUACCAGAACCCGGCGGUGCUGAGAAACAAGCUGCCCGAGCUGUCUCAGAGUGCAGAGGCCUCAGCGUGUGGAGGAGGCUACGCCGAGCCUGACGUCACCCAGUGCACGCCACACCAGUGUUUCCACAGCAACGCGCCGCACUACGCCGAGACAGACAUCGUGCGGCUGCAGGGCGUCACCGGCAGCAACAUGUACGCCGUCCCCGCCCUCACCGUGGACUCACUCACCAGGAAGGACAUCUCUGCUGCCGAGUUCCCACGGCAACAGCUGAUCUUCAGGGAGAAGCUGGGAGAGGGGCAGUUUGGAGAGGUCCACCUGUGUGAGGCCGAGGGGCUUCCAGAGUUCCUCGGCGAGGGGUCUCCUCUUCCUGACAGAGACGGCCGUGCGGUGCUGGUGGCUGUUAAACAGCUGAGGGCUGACGCCACCAGCCAAGCCAGGAACGACUUCCUGAAGGAAAUAAAGAUCAUGUCUCGUCUGAACGACCCCAACAUCAUCCGUCUGCUGUGUGUGUGUGUGUCGUCUGACCCGCUGUGCAUGGUGACCGAAUACAUGGAGAACGGAGACCUCAACAUGUUCCUGUCGCAGCGGGAGAUCGAGAGCACGCUGACGCACGCCAACAACAUCCCUUCAGUCAGUCUAUCCGACCUCCUCCACAUGUCAGUGCAGAUCUCGUCAGGGAUGAAGUACCUGGCGUCUCUGAACUUUGUGCACCGCGACCUGGCCACCAGGAAUUGCCUGCUGGACCGCCGCCUCACCAUCAAGAUAGCCGACUUUGGGAUGAGCCGGAACCUGUACAGCAGCGACUACUACCGCAUCCAGGGCCGGGCGGUGCUGCCCAUACGAUGGAUGGCCUGGGAGAGCAUCCUGCUGGGGAAGUUCACCACGGCCAGUGACGUGUGGGCGUUUGGUGUCACCCUGUGGGAGAUCUUCACUCUGUGUAAGGAGCAGCCCUACAGCCUGCUGUCUGACGAACAGGUCAUAGAGAACACUGGCGAGUUCUUCAGGAACCAGGGCAGACAGAUCUUCCUCUAUGGCCCUCCGCUCUGCCCACCUUCUCUCUUCGAGCUGAUGAUGCGUUGUUGGAGUCGCGACAUACCCGACCGACCCACCUUCGAGGGACUUUACCAAGCCCUGAGGCCCCAUGUCAACCAGUGAGCCGAGGCUGCUGGAAAAGUACCACUCGGCGAGUUUCUCCAUCUCUGGACUCCUUUAAGACGACAGACUGACACGACAGGACAGAGGACUGGGAUUGUGUGCAAGAGAAAGCCUCUGUCAGAGGGAAUGGCAGAACUGUGGUCAGGAGGUGGGUUUGCUUUGUGGUCACAGCAGCGCUCUGCUCUGAGAGACAGCAUGGAGGAAGGAGACAAGGCAGGUCAGCUCAGAGGAGAUCCAAACCUUUCAGUCAUUGGUGAACAAAGAUUUCUAAGCUUUUUACAGAUUUCUAUCAUUACUGAUUUCACAGUUUCGUCCAUAUCUUUAAUGCUCCUUUGACCAAAACGUCUCGUCGGACCUUUUGACAUAUCUUUUCUUCAUGUUGUUAUGGUGCCAAAGGUGCCGUAAACUUUAUUUUCUUCUUCUCUUUGGCUUUUUAAGACGCCAAAAACUGGACAGACACUUCAGCCUUGGUAGUUUCUCCUGUCCCUGUGGUUAUUAUUAAUAUUGUAAAGCACUGUCUGUGUCUCUCAGUUAUUCAUGUUCAUAUAUUAACCCACACUGGAGCUAGGGUUAGGGUCAAAGUGUAGUGUAGUUUUAUUUUUAGAUUUUUAUUCUAUUUUAUUUUUCUUGUUUUACGGUAUUUCACUUUUGUUGGUCUUUUUUGUGGAUAUGAAUGUUGGUCAGCUGAGGGUCACAUCACGGUGCCGACAGGCUGCGAUGAACCCUGUGUGGUUCACGGACUGAAAAUCAGUCGGUGGGUAAUUUAAGGAGAAAAUCUCGAGUGACGGCACAUUGAAACCAAAUAAGUAAAAAAGUGUUGUGCCUUUUUUGUUGCCAUAGAGAAAUAAAGAAUUUAAGUGAUAAACAGUUAUGUUAUUUUAUUAAAUUUGUAAAAUAAAAAAAAAAGAAAUCCUUUGUAAAUGGACUGAACCUUCAACAUCUGCCAGUUGGUGGAUCUUUUUAUUCAAAGUGCCUUACAUUUGUAGCAUGAGUGGUACCAGUGGGAAUAAGCCAACGUUAACAACACGGGUACACAGAGGAGUACCUAAUGCAAAGAUCUAAUGUCAAGGUUUUAUUUACCUGUGUCUGUGUUUGUGCUGGGGCCUGUAAAAUGUAUGUUAAGUGUGUCUAUGUCUAUGUUGGAGCCCAGAGACCUGUAGGUGUGUGUUCUUUGUCUCCAUCAGCCCGGUUCUGCCUUGAUGGAGCUGCGUUUGGCUUGCGCCCCCAAACAUUAGCCAGCUAGCCGUAAAGUAUUACGGGUUGAAAUCCCGUACUCAGUAGUUUCAUCAUUAGAAUCAAAGAACUUUGAAACAAAUGACGAACUGUUCAAAUUAAGAUUAUUCACCAUGCAAAGUCGAGGACGUCGCAGCAUGUAGGAUAAUAAUUUUGGUGAAUAACUGACUCGUGAUUAGAUUGAGGGAACAAAACUGCUUCUGCAUCAGUUUUGGACAUUCAGAGAUGACGUGCACGUUAAGCUUGUUACACGCGUUCUCUUUUCAAAAUAAACUUACAGCGUAGGUAAAAAAACCUUUGUUUUUAGGUUUACUUCGUUAAGUUUAGGCAACAAAAGAACAUGGUCAGGUUUAGAAAAAACAUCAUAGUUAAGCUUAAAAUAAGUGAUUCUAAUGUAGGUCACUUGCACAGCUUGCAACACAUGCUAACACACUACGUCAUUAUUGAAACAACUCGAUUGACUUUGGUUUCCCAAAAGACUAAAAACAGUGUGCUCCCGUGUAAAAUUCUGGAGUUUGUUUGUCCCAUCCACCCCCCCUCCUGCCCGGAGACUUUCUCACAAUUUACACCAUAGUAGCUGCCGGAGCGUCAUUACGGUGCUGUGCAGGUCGUCUCAUACAGCAGCAAAAGUUUGCCUCCAUGCGUGUCUAACGUUGACGGGCCACUGAGCAAGCUUCGCUAUUUCACAAAUUGGGAGUGAGACGGAUAUUCUCCUCACCUGUCUUGUUUUCUGUCUGAUUUUAAAGACAUGCUACAGCAGCCAAUCAGAGCACAUCAAGGUAAAAUCUCGGCGAGUGGAGACGAGACACGACAUGUACAUUUUGGGCCGAACGUAGCAGAACUACUGUGUAAGAAAGGGACCCUCUGAGCUGAGGGCCAAUGAGCCACUAGAGACUGAGGGGGAUGAACAGAUACACCUUGGACAGAUGGAGCCAUCAGACAAGUCCCGCCUCUCACUGCUUUAACCAGCCAAUCACUGCAGCCAGUCCUACUGCCCUCUGUUUUCUGCCGUAAGAGGGCGCGAGUCAAGGCCUGUCUUGAAAUCCAUACUGAUUUUUUACAGCAUAGCAUUUAAGAGUUUUGUUUACAGAACUGAUGAUGAUGAGUUUUCCAAACAUGUACUGAAGCAUUUCGCCAUAAUGUCCGGAUAACUGAGGGAUCGAGCGUCAGCCAUGGAAAAGUAAAGGUUAUUGGUCAACACUGCAACUGGACUAACGGAUGCGUGAUCUGUUUUAAGGCUAAUCUUUGUUGUCAGCAUCAUUAUCUAAUGUGUAAAAGUGGUUUUGAAAUUUCAUAAUUUUAUGUCCCAUUCUUUUAAUGUUUUAGUCGCUCUCUUAGUCUCAGUGUGUAACGUGUGUGCAGUAUUUUCAAUCCUCUCGGAUCAAAUUUUUAAAAGUGUAAAAGGUGCAAAUCAACAUCAUCUUCACCAAAGAGAGGGAGGAAGACCAAAUAUGUUCAGUCUGAGUGCAUCUUUCAGUGUUUCUGUUGUUACAGUAGUGUUUAUUUUAUCUGUACUGUAUCUUAACACUUCUACAAGUGUGUACAUGUGUGUGUUUAAGAGAAAAUGAGUGUUGUGAUCGAGUGUAUUUGACAUUCCUUUGAGCACUGGGAGCUAGUUGGGAUUGAAGUGGUUAACCGGAGUUGCUCCGUUGUGCCAAACGAUGUAAUUAAAUGAGGGGGAGGGAUUUUUGUUUUAAAGCAAGAGGACAGAAAGUGAGGAAACCACUAAACUCAAUCUCCCAGAGUCCUUUGCUACAGUGAGCCUGUGUAUUUUGUUGUGGUUCCUUUAGAGAGAUAGACGAGUCAGUGUACAGUAUAAGUGAUCUAUAAUAUCUCAGUGUGUGAAUGCAGAUUAGGUGUGUUAAUUAUUAUUAUUGAUAAUUGAUUAUCUAUCAGAAUUUAUAGUUGUAGCUGUUUCUUUGAUUAUUUCUGUUCUGGGAAGGUGUUGGCUUUUUUCUGUCUUUUUUUUCCAACAGGAAUUUUGAACAUUUCAAACAGAGAUGUCCUGCUUCAGACAUGUAUUGUACAUAGGCUAGUAGCUGUGUAUAUUAAUAUAUUGGGAGUUAGGAACUUUGUGUUCUGUCCUCCCAAGUCAUUUUCACUCUGUACCCUCUCAAGUCUCCGUUUGUUUUCUUAUAAUAAACAGUAAAAUUUGUCAAACUGA